AUGCAAUUAUCGCAUGAUUCCGAUGAAGUAAAAGCCGCUGCAAACGCCUUGAAUAUUAAACAGCAAGAGUUUGAAAACCAGCGCCGGGAGAUGCAUGCCCUUCUUCUUGCUAAGGGAGUUUCUGUUGACAGCGCUGAGUGCGUGACGGAGGCAGCAGCCAGAUUAUCUCCUGGGGCUUCCUUUAUUGCCCAUCCUUGGCUUAGUGACCAUUUAGCUUGGCUCGUGAUCCUGCUUUUCUUCGUGACUUAA